AUGAAGGGGGAAAAAGAAGAUAAGGUGAAAAAUGGGCUACUGGUGAUGGACGAGGUACCAAGACAGCGUCAGCUUGCCCUUACUGCACAAACAGCAGAUGCGGGCAAGAUUCCUUUCUUUGAAGAUUUUUGUAAAGGCAUCAAAGCUGGUGACACUUGUGAGAAGCUGGUGGGGUAUUCUGCCGUGUAUAGAGUUUGUUUUGGAAUGGCUUGUUUCUUCUUUGUCUUCUGCCUAAUCACCCUGAAAAUCAACACCAGCAAAGGCUGCAGAGCCCAUAUUCACAAUGGCUUUUGGUUCUUUAAGCUUCUGCUUCUGGGAGCCAUGUGCUCAGGAGCAUUCUUCAUUCCAGAUCAGGAGACCUUUCUGAAUGCUUGGCGCUACGUGGGAGCCGUCGGAAGUUUCAUCUUCAUAGGGAUCCAGCUCCUCCUGAUUGUGGAGUUUGCACAUAAAUGGAACAAGAACUGGACUGCAGGCACUGCCACUAACAAGCUGUGGUACGCCUCCCUGUCCCUGGUGACGCUCAUCAUGUACUCUGUUGCCACCGGAGGUUUGAUUUUGAUGGCAGUAUUUUAUACCCAGAAAGAUGGUUGCAUGGACAACAAAAUUCUCCUGGGAGUGCAUGGAGGCCUGUGCCUACUCAUUUCAAUGGUAGCCAUCUCACCCUGUGUCCAGAAUCUUCUAGAUGAACAUGGAAAGAAUGUUACCAUCUGUGUGCCUGACUUUGGUCAAGACCUGUAUAGAGAUGAAAACUUGGUGACUGGGCUAGGUACUUUCCUGCUGAUUGCAUGUAUCUUAUAUUCUUGCUUGACAUCAACAACAAGAUCGAGCUCUGAUGCUCUGCAGGGGCGGUAUGCAGCUCCUGAACUAGAAGUAGCCCGGUGUUGUUUUUGCUUUGGUUCCGAUGGAGAGGAAACGGAAGAGCAGCAGAAUGUGAAAGAAGGACCACGGGUCAUUUAUGAUGAGAAGAAAGGCACUGUCUACAGCUAUGCCUAUUUCCACUUCGUGUUCUUAUUGGCUUCCCUCUAUGUAAUGAUGACUGUUACCAACUGGUUCCACUAUGAGAGUGCCAGCAUUGAGACCUUCUUCAGUGGAAGCUGGUCCAUCUUCUGGGUGAAGAUGGCCUCCUGCUGGAUGUGUGUGCUGUUGUACCUGUGGACGCUGGUGGCUCCCCUCUGCUGUCCUUCUCGGCAGUUCUCUGUGUGACAACAUCAGCAGGCCUGUGGAUCAGCAGGCUUGUACCCUGAAAUUCUGUCCUGUGAACAAGUGUAACUGGGGUUUGAGCGGCAACUGUUGUCUUAGGAAAAGCUGAAAUUCUCUGGCUGUCUAACAUGGGUCUGAAAAAGGUUUCGGGGUGGGAGGGAAAUAUCCCUGGAUUCACUUUUUUAAACAAGAGAUUAAUUAAUUAGAUUAAUUUUCUGACAUUCAAAAUGAAACUUGACCUAAAGGAAUUGACAUUUUCAAAUUUAUGGGUAGUAUAUGUAUUCUUAUGUCUUCUCCCUACUUACUAGGUAGUAGUUACAUUCGUGUUUUCCAUAGAUGUGUUUUAUACCAAAAUAGAGCUUAGAACACAACACAUUUUCCUAGGGUUAAAAAUUACUGUAUUGUUUUCAUCCUUAUUAUUAAAAAUAUGCAGCCUCUGAGAGAAUCUAGGCCCCUUGCCCCUUUAUUCUCCUCUGCCUCCUGGAGCCUGGUCUCCAGAGGAUCCCAGCUCGCAGCUUCCUGGUAUUUAUAGGGCACAAGAGGAAGCACCUGCCUUCAAAUCCACCCCCAGUGCCACUCCUGUGUGUUCCCCUCCCCCACCCCCAGCAUUUCCCUUUGAGGUUGUGAUGCUGGCAAUCACAGCCUUCCCUCUUUGCCUCAUUGGUCCCAGAGGUCUCCUCAUUCUUUUGGGGUUCAGCAUUUUUGUAAUAAUGUGAAAAGCACAAUUUACCAUCACCGCUCUUGGGGUUCCUACCAUAUUAUCACUCCAUGAUCAGAGUUACUGCAAUAAGCAAAGCGCUUAUCUGUGCUGCUGUCCCCAGUUGUGGAACAGCACUCAUAUUAUCUUUGCCUCAGCAACAGAGGGCUACGUUCUUCCUUGUUUGUGCUAUUAAUAAUACUUUAAGAACCUUAAAAGAAAAGUCAUUCCUUGACUGAAGCCUGCUACCGCCCUUUCAGGUAUUAAGGUCAGCCUCUCAUUUCUCGUCCACUUCAAGUCCUUGGUUGGCAUUGUAGGAGCAAAAGAGCUUGCAAUAUGAGCACACCAUUAAUGUCCGCAUGCUUUCCUUGGAGUAAAUGUGUGAAGAGGUGUAUCCCGAGGCUGUUCCUCAAUCGGACUGGUCAGACAUACUGUCAGUCAAGCUGUGGAAGGGACCAUGUAUACUUAGAAGAAAAGCUGGCUGGUUGAAGGCAUUUAAUUAAGCCAUACAUGACAUCCACAGACAAGAUCGGCAUCUUCAGUAUUGAUGUUUUCAAUGCGGCAGGAGAUUUUCUCUGUGGAAGUCUAUUGGAGAUAUUUCUAUUAUUGUUACGUAUAGGGUGGAAAGAUUCUUCCUGAGCUCAGACAUUUUUCCUGUGUUCUUCUGUACACAUUGGGCUAAGUGGGGACACACCUAAGCCUAGCUUCGGCGUGCCAAAAAUGCUGGAGGGGAAAAUUAGUUAAAUUCUUGCUUUCUACUCCUUUGACCUCCUUGCCAAGAAUACCAAAGAGGAGGGGAUGAAUAUUGGGGAAAAUUCCAUUGGGCAUUUGCCUUAUUUGCCAGUGUUUGAGAUUCAGUCUUAAAAAGUCAUGUAUGAGUAUAUGUGCACAUGAGAAAGCUUUGUUUGUCACCUUUAUCAAAGUUCUUUUUAUAGACCAGGAGUUCAAAGGGAUUUGUACUUAACGGUUCAAAGGAAUAGCUUCAUGCUAACCCUGAGAAGCCCUGGUUAAGCAGCAGGAAGGGAGUUCCUUGAGGUUCAGAAAGUGGAGACUGUAUGUGGUCCUUCCCUGGCCUGAGAGGCCUGGGGGGCCGGGGGCAAUGAUUUGGAGGGAUGGCUCUGAGGAGCUGAAGUCAACUUUAGGAAGCAAAUGGAGAGCCCAAGGGGUGGUAUGAGGAGUAAAACCCUGAUUUGUUUUCUGGCAUCCAGCUAACAUAACUUUAGACCUGGCCCUCAUUCUAGGUCAAGGCCCACUGACCAGGCCAGACAUUGCUACACUUGCCUUUGUUGGCCACAUUUCCUCUGCAGAAAGAAGUUCAGAGAAAUACAAACGAGAGGACAGUGCUGGUGGCGCUCAUUGUUACCCCUUCCUCAGCCAGCCAGCCCAUUCUCCUUUUCCAGCUACGUAAAUUCUGGUCUGUAGCAUAUGUCUCUUCUAAUUGUAAUCUCUGGCACAAGAGGAAGAGUUACACUUGCUCUCCAUCUCACUGGCAAGAUUUUUUCUGAGGGCUGAGAGUACGUAUGUACAUCUGUAUGUAUGUAAGAAGUUGACUUUACUAACUAUAAUCAUAAGAAACAAUUCUCAGGUGUUAAGUCAGCAUUCAUAAGUUUAAGAAACCUACCUUUUGAGCUUGGUGCCACUGGCCUCAUGCCUGUCAGCCUAGCUACUAGGAGGCUGAGAUCUGAGGAUCUUGCCCAGCCA